UAAUAUUCUCCGUGGGGUUGAUAGUGGGAAUACUAUAAGCACACUGGUGAUUGUUACUAUAGGGUCAUACAGAUACAGAGACUUUGGCGAUCGAGUUGGGGAAAGCAAGCAGCGUCCAUGGCGGAUCAGAAGAGCAAGGGCGUCAAGCUGUACGGGACCUCGUUCAAUGGCCACACCACCAUGGUGGAAUGCGCCCUCAAGCUGAAGGGCGUGGCGUACGAGUACGUGGAGGAGGACCGCAAGAACAAGAGCGAGGCGCUUCUCAAGCUCAACCCCGUGCACAAGCAGGUGCCGGUUCUUGUGGUGGAUGGUAAGCCCAUAGCUGAGUCGCAAAUCAUCCUGCAGCACAUCGAUGAUGUGUGGAAGGACCCUCCCCAUCUCCCGGAAGACCCUUACAAGCGAGCCAAGGUCCGAUUUUGGGCAGAUUUCGUCAGCAAAAAGGUUGUGCCAAUUAUGCAUACCAUCGUAACCUUGAAAGGCGAUGAGCAGAAGACGGCAGCGGACGAGUUCGGAGGGUAUCUGCAGACCAUGGAGGACGGCAUCCGAGAGGAGCUGUGGACUGGAGGUCCGUUCAUCAACGGAGACAACCCCGGACUCCUCGACGUGGUGAUGGGUUCGAGCUACACGUGGAUCAAGUUUAUCGAAGCUGUAGCGGGCGUGAAAUUGGCGAAGAGGGAGAAGACGCCGCUCUUGUGCUCUUCCAUGGAGGCCUUCGUGGAGUUUGAUGCCGUGAAGGAGUUGAUGACCCCACCUGAGGUGCUCCUACAGAGCAGGGGGAAUCCCGGCGCGAAGACUACUGCAACAUCUGACGAUUGAUCGCGUGGCUCGUACGCUCGUUUCAUGUUUGUGUUUACGGUGAAACGUAAACUUGGUUUGCUUUAACUACGAGUUCUACAAAGAAAGUUUCCACCUGCUUCUGCGCAAUAUAAAUAAAUGGAUUUGUCAUUUAGUA